AUGUCCAUACUCAUCAAGAACGGCACUGUUGUAAAUGAUGAUUCGAUGUUUUCUGCAGACGUCCUCAUUACUGACGGGAAAAUUGUAGAAGUCGGACCGUCGAUAGCCACGUCUGGUGCGAAUGUCCAAGUCAUCGACGCCACUGGCAGAUAUGUUAUUCCUGGAGGGAUUGAUCCACACACGCAUCUGCAGAUGCCAUUCAUGGGUACGACCGCUGCCGACGACUUCGUGUCGGGCACACAAGCAGCAGUGGCCGGUGGGACUACUAUGAUCAUCGAUUUCGUCAUUCCAAACAAGGAAAUGCCAGUUUUGGCUGCUUACAAACAAUGGAGAGAAUGGGCUGAUCCAAAGGUAUGCUGCGAUUAUAGUCUAUCAAUGGCCAUUACUUUCUGGAAUGAGAAUGUUGCAAAAGACAUGGAAGAAUUAGUGAAACCUGAAUACGGUGUAAAUUCCUUUAAGUUCUUCUUGGCAUACAAAGAUUACUUCAUGGUUGAAGAUGGCGAAUUCUACCAAGGAAUGCUGACCUGCUCAAAGAUCGGAGCAGUAGCACGAGUUCACGCCGAAAAUGGGUCUGUCAUAAAAGAGCGAUGCGCAGCACUGCUAGCACAAGGUAUAACCGGACCAGAAGGCCAUCCCCAAAGUCGUCCGGAAGAGCUGGAGGCUGAGGCCACGAAUAGAGCGUGCAUGAUGGCCACACAAGCAAAUUGUCCUCUCUAUGUAGUGCACGUCAUGACGAAAGGUGCAGCAAAAGCAAUUGCUGAACAUCGGCAAAAAGGUUAUGUUGUAUUCGGCGAACCGAUAGCAGCUGGACUGGCAGUCGAUGGUUCUCAUUACUAUAGCCCGGACUGGGAACAUGCAGCGCGGUAUGUGAUGUCCCCACCGCUUAGUCGCGAUCCCACCACCCCUGACUUUCUUAUGGAUAUGCUGGCUGCUGGAGAGCUUCACCUCAUUGGCACGGAUAACUGCACCUUUACGAAUAAACAAAAAGCAAUGGGGCUACAUGAUUUCACGAAAAUCCCCAAUGGCGUAAACGGAAUUGAAGACAGAAUGGGUGUUGUAUGGGAGCGAGGAGUUCAUCGCGGCAAGAUUGAUCCCAUGAAAUUUGUCUCGAUCACAAGCUCGAUGGCAGCCAAGAUCUUCAACAUUUAUCCCAAAAAGGGCAGAAUUGCUGUUGGAUCCGAUGCAGAUGUGGUCAUUUGGAAUCCUAAUGCCAGCAGAGUUAUCUCAAAGUCAACUCACCACCACGCUAUUGAUUACAACAUUUUCGAAGGGCAAGUGGUGCAUGGUUUGGCAGAAACAACCAUUUCGCGUGGAAAGAUCGUAUGGACAAACAAUCAACUGCAGACUACACCAGGUUCUGGUAAAUUUGUGCCGCUUCCACCAUUUUCUCCAAUCGCUUACGCGUCUCAUGAGCAAAGAGCUAAGAUGAUGGCGCCUCGAACAGUGAAGCGAGGACUCAGGACGCCCGCAGGUGGAGACGGUGCCCAAGGAUAGAUGAUUGGAUCGAACACCGUAUUCUGUUAACAUGAAAAAUGAC